AUGCCUCAAGAAAACUCCAAGGUUUCCAAACCCGACGCAACCGAGCAAGCAGCGGCCGAAGCUGUCGCCGAAUCGAGCAAGCAGGCAGAAGCUGAAUCAGCAGACGAGAGCGCCAAUGAAGCAACAGAAACAGUAGAAGGUGCCGAGGGCGCGUCGGAAAAGAAGAAGAAGAGCAGAAAGCGUAAGAUCAAGGAUGCUCUCAGCGGUAAAGGAAAGGGCGAGGCGACAGACAUGAAUGCGCCUGCUAGUGGGAUACUGCCAAAGGAAGCAAUGCAGAUGCUGCUUGCAAACAACCCUGGACUCGCCAAUGAGCUCCAAGGCCAGGCGGGCAGUAAAGCGGAACUAGAGAAUCUUGUUCGAAAGCUCAACCUCAAUGAGAUGUUGACUGGGCUAGCACCUCAGGGCAGCCAAAAGGACAUGGCCAGUCACGCAUUCUGGAAGACACAGCCGGUACCCAGCUUCGAUGAGAUGGCGAGCAAGGAAAAGAUCAAGGAUGGACCUAUCAAGGAGAUCAAGAUUGAGGAGGUUGACAAGAACCCCAGUCCCAUGUACCCGGGCUUUGAGUGGGUUACUAUGGACCUCGAAGACGAGAAGCAGCUCCACGAAGUGUUUGAGCUGCUCACCAACCACUACGUCGAGGACAAGGACGCGACGUUCCGCUUUAACUACUCGCCAUCAUUUCUAAACUGGGCCCUGAAAGCGCCUGGGUGGAAGAAGGAAUGGCACGUCGGUGUCCGCGCAACCGCAUCUGGCAAACUCGUCGCCUUCAUAUCAGGCAUCCCGAUACAGAUGCGCAUCCGCGAAAAGAUACUUGACUGCUCCGAAGUAAACUUUCUCUGUAUUCACAAGAAGCUGCGCUCGAAACGGCUAGCACCCGUCCUGAUCAAGGAGAUCACCCGCCGCUGCUACGUCGAAGGUACAUUCCAGGCCGUAUACACUGCCGGCUCCCUUCUGCCUACACCUGUCUCGACUGCCCGCUAUUUUCAUCGUGCGCUCGACUGGCAAAAGCUCCAUGAUGUCGGCUUCUCUCCCCUGCCCCCGAACAGCACCGAAAAGCGUCAGAUUAUACGAUUCAAGCUCCCAGACACUACAUCUACCCCAGGACUUCGCGAAAUGGAAGCAAAGGAUGUCGAUUCAGCCCUCGAUCUCCUACAGCGAUAUCUUAAGCGCAUGGAUAUGGCACAGGUCUUCAACAAAACCGAAUUUGAGCACUGGAUGGCGCCCAAGGAGAAGCCCAAGGAGCAGGUUGUGUGGAGCUACGUUGUUGAAGAUCCCAACACUCACAAGAUCACCGACUACUUCUCCUUUUACAACCUCGAGAGCACCGUCAUCGGGAACAAGAAGCAUAACACUAUCAAGGCAGCUUAUUUGUUCUACUAUGGUACCGAGGUCGCCUUUGAGGAGGAGAAGGACCAGGCAAAGUUGAAGCAAAGGUUGAACCUGCUGAUGAAGGAUGCGUUGAUAUUGGCCAAGAAAGCUAAUUUCGACGUCUUCAACGCGCUAACACUUUUGGAUAACCCACUGUUCCUGGAUGAGCAGCGCUUUGGUGCUGGUGACGGCUCACUGCACUAUUAUCUCUACAAUUAUCGUGCCGCACCCAUACCGGGUGGUAUUGACUCACGAAGCCAGGCGAGCAAGGACCACAUGGGCGGAAUUGGGUAA